AUGAACAUUCCAUUGUCCGAACACGUCACGGCUUCAAGUCUCGGAUCUCUCAAAUUUCCACCUUCACCUCCUCAUAGACACGACCUUUCUUCCUUGACGAAGGUCUAUGAUCCUUGUCAAUAUCUUAAAGAAGGAACACGAGCUUCUCAAGCCGAGAUUACAUCUUUCUAUUCUCCUGCAAAUUCCUUAUAUGAGCCAGAUGGAACAUCAACAAACGCUUCAACUCCUCCAAUGCCCGGAAUACAACAAGUCAAUGGCUCGUCGUCUUCGCUUCAACCUUCAUCAGCUUCUCAACCAUCACAUCCAUCUCGACGAACAACAGCUCCUCCUUGUCCUCAGUGCAAAGGACACAAGUAUGGCUUCACAUCAUAUUUUCACAACACCAACGUUUUUUCCGAGCCACCUCACGACCUCCUCAUGUUUGUGGAGCAAACUUAUCUCUUGAGAAAUCGGCUCGAGAGCCUGAUGAUUAACUAUGUCACCAGGACGGUUGACAAUAGCCGGCUGGAAGUGAUCAGUAAUGAGGUUAUGGAAUGGAAGGGUCGUGUAGAAUGUCUAGCAAGAGAGAUCUUGAUAUCUUCAAUGGGAUUUGAACUGAACACGGAAGGCCUUGAAGCGGUGAAAGAUUGGGCGGCGAAACUAGUUCAAAGAUUGAAUAAUCACGUGCGUGGAAUUGUGAGGAUGGAACUUUCAAAUGAAGAUCAAAAGGGACUGCUGAUUGACUUCAAAAAACUAUGGGAGGUGGUCUGGACAAGUUAUUUGCUGGAUCGAAAUAAUCGGAGGAUGUCGGGAAGAUCAUUGCGGUCAAGAGAUACAGUUGAUACCGAUUUACCAUCCUCGGAACUCUAG